CGACGUGGAACGAACACAACCGAUCCUGGACAACGGAUCGCCCGUUGCCCGUUCCCCGCUCGCGCUCCCCACGGUGUCAGACUCCGCAAUACCCUGAUAGCCGACCCCGCGAAGUUGACGCGGUGGGGACGGCUAAGCAAAAAGCAACGGGAUUUGGAAUAAUCCGGGGGCGGCGCUGGCGCCGGCAACGUUUUGGCCGAGCUUCACCGAAAAUGUAUAUCUCCAUCUAUCACCGUAGCUGGAGAUUCAGAAAUCCGGUCAAGCAAACAGACAAACAGACAACGACAAAAGCCAGCCUGAAUUCUUUCCUUACCGCAGAAUUAUCCUCCAGUUUACUCUUCCACUCCAUACACCGCCAAUAUGUCCGAAGCACCCAGAUCACCCAAGCUCCUCCUCCUCAACGGCCCUAACCUUAACCUCCUCGGCACCCGCGAGCCCAACAUCUACGGGCACACGACGCUCUCCGACGUCGAGAACUCAUGCAACGCACUAGUGACCGCGCACGGGGCGACACUGAGCACGUUCCAAUCGAACCACGAGGGCGCGCUUAUCGACCGCCUGCACCAAGCGCGGCUGGACAAGGUCGACUUCGUGAUCAUCAACCCCGGCGGGUUUACGCACACCUCUGUGGCGCUGCGCGAUGCCAUCGCCGGUGUCGAUAUCCCGUUCAUCGAGCUGCACAUCUCAAAUGUCCAUGGCCGCGAGCCGUUCAGACAUCACUCCUACUUCAGUGAUAAGGCCGUCGCUGUCAUCGCUGGCUUGGGCACCUAUGGCUACGAGGCCGCGAUCGGUUACGUCUUCCAGCUGCCGAGGUUUAAGGGCGCGAAGAUCGGUGAGGCUCAUAAAUGGGGUGAGGCUGUGGGCAUGGAGACGGAGGAACUCAGAGGCUAGAUUGUGAUGGGGAGCGAGGAAGGGAAGGAAUUUCAUUAGCUGUAUAUAUCUUUGUACCACCAUUUCAUACUGCGUGGCAGGCUGGUCCUAUAUAGUAGUAUUGUGGUAGGGAAUCGAAUCGAGCAAACAAUUGCAACCACAAAAGUCGGUGUCUUGAAAGUAAAGUGAAGCCCUGCUGUGUGGAAGAACAAGACAAAACCCAAAACGCACCAUAGAAGUAAACGCCAAACACCAGUCCAUCCAUCCAUCACUGCCUAAUAGUCCAACAAUCAUCGCACAUAACCCAGAAACCAGGCGAGCCCAAAAAUAGUAUACCUUACAGAACGGAUCAUCCAUUUCCUCCGUUCCCAUUCCCACCCCCAUUCCCACUCCCAUUCCCACUCCCACUCCCAUUGCCAUUCCCAGCCCCCAACAUCUCACCCAAGUAUUGCUCUAGCACCGUGU